AGGUGGGGGGGAGUCGUUCUCCAGGGCCGGAGGAGCGGUCGCGCCUGCGCACUGAAGACAGACAUGGGGAAAUCCCUUUCCCACCUGUCUCUGCACUCGAGCAAGGAAGAGAGCGCCAAUGGAUCCAGCUCGGCAGAUAACAUGCGGAAUGGCCUGAUUCACUCGGAAGUCACAAAUGAGGACGGGCGGCCCAGCGACGUGUCUCAGUUUCCUUACGUGGAGUUCACGGGAAGAGACAGCGUCACUUGUCCCACCUGUCAAGGCACGGGACGGAUCCCUCGGGGUCAGGAAAACCAGCUGGUAGCCCUGAUUCCGUAUAGUGACCAGAGACUGAGGCCCAGACGAACGAAGCUGUACGUGAUGGCCUCUGUGUCGGUGUGCCUUCUCCUCUCGGGCCUGGCCGUCUUCUUCCUGUUCCCUCGCUCCAUCGACGUGAAGUACGUCGGGGUGAAGUCGGCCUACGUCAGCUACGACCAGAGUAAACGGAUGAUCUAUCUAAAUAUCACGAACACAUUAAAUAUUACAAACAACAAUUACUAUUCCGUGGAAGUCACGAACAUCACAGCCCAAGUCCUGUUUUCCAAAACGGUUAUUGGGAAGGCACGUUUGAACAACAUGACGGCUAUCAGCCCGCUAGACAUGAAACAGAUUGAUUACACAGUGCCUACAGUUAUAGCUGAUGAAAUGAGUUACAUGUAUGAUUUCUGUACACUGCCAUCAAUCAAAGUCCAUAACAUAGUAGUCAUGAUGCAGGUGACAGUGACAACCACCUACUUCGGGCACUCGGAACAAAUAUCCCAAGAGCGCUACCAGUACGUCGACUGUGGAAGAAACACCACCUACCAAUCGGGCCGCUCCGAGUACCUCAACGUGCUUCAGCCGCCGCAGUGAAGACCCUCCCGUCCCCGGGGCCGGGAAACAUGGAAACGCGCUCCCGACCCCCUCUAGCACGGAGAACUGCCGAACGGGUCCCAGACCACGCUCACUGACCCACGGGUCUCCGCGCCGUCCUUCCUCGGGGCGGCACUCACCACGUGUUGAACCGUCAAAACUGUCCCUGCCUCUCCUCUCCGUUGUCAGGAUGUCUCCCCUCUCGGCACACGUCACCCAGCAGACGCCGCCGCUCCCGAACCCUCUUAGGAAUGGGGACAGUGUCUCGUUUCGUGGUUUUUUUUUUUUUUUCCCCUAGGGAACGCUAGAUCUUGGUCGAGGGCUCACAGCUCUGUUUAAAUCUGGCUGUGUGCAGAAUUCGCAAGAGUUUCCUGACUGGUCUCCGGGCCAGCCGGUAGUUAGGAACACACGACAGCUUCGGUCUUCACGUGGCCAUUGGAAAAUCACCUCCCGCCACCCAUAGAGCCCGUUACCAGAGCUUUCCUUUUCUCCCGUGGCCGUAUCCGUACAGUAGCGUUCCGUGAUCUCUAAGGAGAAGGUAUGCCUCGGUAUCUCUGCGAUUGUUCGCUUUUCCCGGAUCAGGAUCGUGCCCCUGGGCUGCUCUCACGUCCCGUAGAGAGCCGCUUCCUCCUGGGAGAAGACCUUCCCCUCGUAGGCAUCAUCAUCAGAAUCUGCAGGUGUGUGGGGCGUGCGAUAAACCUCCUCACCCCUCUCUUUCUGUUGUGAUUCUGAAGGUGUGGGUCUGUGAGCCUCCGUUGGUGUAAGUAGUUAUCCCUGGCAUGGCUUUUCUGCGACUCCUGUUAGUUAGAUCUGAAAUCAAACGUGUAGUAAAUAGAAAACCGAAGGUAAUGGGACGAUCGCCCGGAUUUGAGGCAGGCGUUCUGCGCCCGGUUUGGACCCUGUUCAUACCGUGUGCGUCUUUGUAAACAUGAGGCAUAAUGUGGAAGGACGUGGUCAUCAAAAGAUAAUCAAACCACAUUGCUCCACUCGGGCAUUGUUUUUCUCCGACUGCGAUCCUAGAGGUUGGUUUUCCUUCCCUAAUAAUCAAGUGCCUAAACAGAGGCUGGGUUGAGCACGCUUUGUAAUGGAAAAAAAUAUCCCCCUGGUGAGGUGGCUUAAGUAAUACAGUAAAUGCCAGAUCACUCGAUUCAGUAUUCUUGAAUUUUAAGUUGAAUUAUGCUGAAGAUUUUUUUUCCCCCUCAACCGGUCUAUCCACAGCCAUCCGUUUUUAUUUUAUUUUUUAGAUGCUUGAAUCUGAACUGGCUUGGUUUUUCGUCAAAAUUUCCUCAUUCUACCUUCGUCUUGGCAGUUAGGGAGUGUUAAGUGGUUACUGACUGACUCACCUGGAGAAUUAACUUGGAAGUUUCACCCUGGAAAUUUCAGCCCAGCUAACAGCAGUCAGUCGUCAGGUUUCUUUCUGCUCUGACGCAUUUGGAGUUCGGAAGGGUCUGGUCCGUUUCUUCCUCAAGGGGUUGGCCUUCCUUCCCUCCCCGUCAGGGUGUCACGGUAGAUUGAAGCAGAAUACAAAUUAAGAUUGCUUUCCCAAAGAUUUCAAAGUCUGACGGGAUUGGGAGAAUGAAGCGGGACCCAAAACAACUAACCUUCCAAGUGAAAGUCAUAAUUGGGUGAACAGUUGAUUUCCAGGCUCUAAAUUUGAUCCCUGUCAGAUUUUCUUUGUUUUUUUUUUUCUAUUCCAUCUUUAGUGUGACACUACUUCUCAUGUCCAGCUCAUUACGGUGGCAGGACAAAUCUUCUAAAGAAUAGUUUGAGUUGGGGAAGGAUGGUUUUCCAAAGGAUAUCACUAGAGAGAGAGGAUAACAAACUACUUGCCAGUAAAUACAGAACUCAAACCAACUUUCUGGGUUGCUUGAUUAAUGAUCUUUUUAAAUGUGCUUCCCCCCCCCCUCCAAAAAAAAAUGCAGUGUUGAAUUUGGAUAUAAAGAUUUCAAGUGACAAACUAUAAAUAAGCAUUGAUAUUACUACAUCGCUAAACUAUCCAUUGCACAAUUUUAGGUGUUUUGCAGCUAAUGGAGACAAAAUAGCUCUCAUAGCUUAGGAAGAAUGAGUUUUUAAGAUUGGUUUUGAAUCCUCUUGGUAAAACUAGAGUCUUAACAACAGUAGUUGUAAAUACGUUGUGUCCAAUUAAUGUCACACUCUUGUGUUUGUAGAGGCUUGAGUGGUUUAAUAGUGAUUUUCCUCCUCCCCCGCCACCCCCUAUAAAGGGUAAAAUCAGCUGAACACUUAAGUAUCUGGAGCGUCUUCUAAAAUACCUUGAUAACGGAAUUAGACUAAGUACUACAGAGCAGAAUUUGGUGAUCUGGGUGAGGUGGCAGGGGAGAAUCCUAACAUUUUUCACUGGUCAUUUAACUGUGGCUAUUACUGCAGAAAAAUAUGUAAAUUAUGGUAUGUCCAUUCAUGGAGUCUUUUUGUGUAAAUAAGCUAAAAUAUACGUAUGUAUACUGAAGUGAGGGGAAAUGCGUAAUAUAUUAAUCCUGUUUCUUCGGUAUUGGAAUUCAUAACCAUCUUUAUGACAGUAGCACUUUUCAGAUAUUUAUGACUAUCUUUAUAGAACAGUUUUUUCAAGUGAAUCAUGUAAUAUUUAACUUCAUGUUCAUGCCAGCUAAAAUCAUCGAUUUCUAGGUCUCGAUUCAAAGUUGAGAAUAUUAAUUCAGGGGAAAACUUUCAGUUCCAUUUGGUGACAAAACUCGAGAAGAAAGAGGCCUGUUGACGGAUGCGUUAACUGGUUGGCCUCGGUAUCAGCACAGUAGCCUUGGUGUGACAGGAUGUGAAAGAGAGUUCCCGGUGUUGAGUGAUUUUUUUUUUUUUUUUUAAUUGAAGACGACGCUCAUUGGGAUUCUGUUGGAGCGUAGCGGAGCUUUGACCCCUUAAUAGCGGAGUCGGUCUCGAGUUUGUUCUGUGUGAGUUGGAAAGCAGAAGAGUGAGUCUGCAGGGUGUGUGGAUUGCCCGGAGAUCCGGGACCCCAAAUCUUAGCAUGACCACAUGGGUGGUUCUGAACCUUCUGUCCCCUAGCCUUACUCUGGACAGUGUUCCUCUCUCCCGCCACUGUGACUCUCUCCCUGUAAUCCAGAUCCUCUCACUUUCUCUCCACGUCCCCAGACCCCUCCUUAACAUUGAGGUGUCAGGCCUAGAACUCCAGGUGCUUUGGAGUAAAAGGGGCUCAGAAGGGGCAGGGGAUCACGCUUCUCCUCCGUGUAAUCAGGAAAGUCCACCUUCCGUUCGGUUGGCUUCCCCAGGUAGGCAGCCAGGCUCAGUUGGCUGGUAUUUUCCUUCCCACGGUAAGUUGUUUUUUCACCUCACAGCUUCAUGCAAGAAAUAAGCGUAAACUUUAAAACGAAUGUGGUUCACUUCUAGGAAAACUGACCUACCGUAAGUAACCUCCAAAGCGAAGUCUCGGGGUGGGAAAGCAGGGAUUGCAAUCAUUCUCUCUAUCUAACUCCCCUCCUCCCCCCGAUUCUUAAAUUUGUGGAAACCUUCGAGUAUAUUUAUAUUUUGUUAGGAUGCUGUAAAUGAAGAAAUAGACUUUCCAGGAUAUUUUUAACGUGGUUUUUCAAACUUACUCUUCAGGUAUCUCGUUCUCUAGCAGAACCCUGACAUUUGGGGAACAAAAGCUUAUCUGAUUUUUUUCCCAAAGGGACUUAAAUUCUUUUCUGAAUGUGGACUACUCAUGCAGCUCCUAAUCUUCACAACAAUUGCAGCUUUGAAUGAUGCUCAUUUUAGGCUUUUGCGAUCUGCUCUGGUAAGUCAUGUGAAUGCUAAAGUUUGGAUAUCGGUGGGCAGUUAGGAUACAGUCAGCAUAUACGAAGUAAUUUAUGUUAAGCCUAAUUUACGUGAAGCCUUCCUUUGUGUUUUUAGAGGUAAUAGCUGCUCUGUACCUAUGGACUUGGCAAUGUUCCUUGUUCUAAAAAAAGUUUAAAAUGGACAAUAUAUUAUUGUUCUCCCCUUUUGGCUUCCAAUUUUGCUCGGUGACUAAAAAUCAUCUGCUCACCUUAAAUACUUGAGACUGUGUAAUGUCUGGUUUAAAGAGAAAUACUACUGCCUAGCUCUACUUUGUAAACCAGUGUAACCCCAUGAAGCUGUGUGAUCCCAUUAAAACUUGACUACAUUUGACAUGCGUCCUGGGUAUACAAACUAAAAUCUUUUGACAUCAUAAAUCCAUAGUAGCAUCCCCAGGUUUAAGCUUUCCUAUAUUCCGUUAGCUAAAAUUGUCCUGUCUGAGUGGUUUUGGGCCUAGAAACCUCAUUUUAUUUUGUACAGGAGAAAGUGACUAAAGUGCAUUUCAGCCGGUUUUCUCACCUGAAUGGUGCCGAGCAGAAAUGGCCGAGACAAGUGUUCUUGGUCUAAGUGAAUGAGGAGGUGUUAAAUUUUGAUUUUGAAAAGGUGCGUUUCUUCCCAACUGAUUUGAAGUUUCCCAGUGCCCCCCACACAGCUCUGACUUUGUGACCACACAGCACCAAAUUACAGAUUUGUCUGGACCAAACUGGACCAGACCUUGGGCACUAAAACUUCAAAGACCCGUUAUUCGUCACCGCCAAACUUGGAAUUUUCCAAAUUCAAUGCCUUUUCAAGACAAAAGCACAGAAUCUUUCUUCAAUUGGUUUUACUUUUUUUGAAUAUAUAAAAAGGGGGGUGGCGGGGACAGUAUUGAGCCAGUCGCUCAAAGUUAAUUCUCAAUCUCUGCCCCGAAGAUAAUCAGUGGUAUUUGAGUGUGAACGGUGUGCAGAGCACUGUACUGAGCACUCGAUAAUCUGGAGUUAGUCUCGUGUCCCCAGAAUUGUAAGAAUUAGAAAUUGGGAUACAUUAUUGCACUGUUCUAACUUCCGAAAAAGGUGGCAUUACCACAGUGAGGUCUUUGGCUUAAGCCACGGAGCGAGAUACAUUCCCAAAGACGAAAUAUUUUGCGGUUCCGGAAUUGCGUCUUAGAAUAGGACCCCUUUUGAAAUUCAAGGUUUUGAGAAGCACAUGGGCUCUGCGUGGUUCGCGGGAUCGUGUUGACUCUUGGUCCCAGAACAGACGGCCCAGGAAGAUGAUAGAAGUAAAAGUGAACCUGACCUAGCAAUGGAAACUGUUUACUUCAGGUAGUCCGGCUAAUGAGAGAUGACUGUAGCUGCCAUGGGGAUUAAAACGGGAAUUUAAAAUUUGGCGGUGGGGGGUUCUGGGCACUAGAGUUCCCUUUCUGGGGGGGUAGUUCCAUUCACAUUCAUUUAAGCUAUAUGUUGACACGCACACCUCCCCCCACCCCCCCGGGAAUUUCUACGGUAGUGGGUGAUCCUUGUGCCCCUAGCCAUUAUUUUGUAUCAAAUAUGCACAUGGUAGUUAACAGAUGUAUAGAGAUGCUAAAAAAAAGUGAUAACUAUUUUUGUAAUUCAAGAGUGGUACCUGUUGCUCUUGUAAUGGUGAAUGUCAAAUUCUAAUCCGUUUGUACCAAACAUUUCUUAAGCAUGAAAAAUAAAGUUUCCAUAUGUCAGUGUUGACGUUUAGAA